UCACAAUUGGCGGGAACAGCGAUUUGUGUGUUUUUGUGAAAAAGAAAUCUAUUAGGCACAGAUUUUUUUGAACACUGCACUCCUCCUCAUUAGGGUUUCGAUUUGGGGGAGAACAGCAAAGGCAUCAUAUACUCGCGCUCGAUCAGAGGGCUGAGAGAUAAUAUCGAGAUAUGGACAAGCGGCGGAGGAUUGCGGGAAACGGCGGCGGCCGUGGAGUGGAGGAGAACACAAUGGCCCUCCUCGACACCUCGGGCUUCAGCAGCUCGAAAAUCGCCCACCACCUGGACGACGAUCGACUUGCUUUUCUGGAAGCUGUUCGUACUGCUUCUCUUCUUCCUGAUAACGGAAGCGCACCUACCCCGAAAAUGUGUGAGGCCAUCUUCCGUAUAUUGAAGGACGUGGAUUCUCUUGAUUUAAUAAUUGAAAGUUACCAGCUUCUUGUUGAAUUGGAUAAGCGGUUCCCUCGAGUAUAUCUAUCCAAGGAUCAAAAUUCAUCUUCACCUUCAAAAAUCACCUCCCAAGUAAUUAUGGUUGAAGAGGCUUGGCUACCUUUUAACCUCGGGCUGGAAAGUUACAGGGAGAAGGGAACAGGAAAAAAUCAUUUAGUUGAUGCCGCGGGUUUCCAUGCAAUUAUACAAGAAAUUGCUGAAAUGGCUAAGGAAGUGAAAUCUGAAGCAAAAGGAACAUCUUUCCUGAAGAACAUGUUGCUGCUUCAAUAUCUUAUCACUGUUCUUGAACGAGAUUUCUUACCUCGCAUUCACAAUUAUCAUGAAAGUAUGAACUGGAAUGUUCUCAGAGAAUCACUGCUUAGCAUGCUUCUGGUGUGCAUUCCUGAAUUUCUUCUGGGAUCAAGAAAAGUUACGUACAAAGGGUUGACAAAGGACUGUUUGUUGAUCAUGUGCAACAUGUCUCAAUCACCCGAGUUUUCUGAAAAAACUAGCAGCCAUGAAAGUUCUUCGGGGGAGCUACUGCGUGAAACUAACCGUGCUGUGGCAUUAGCUUUACCUGAUGUAAAAAAAUCUACUUGUACUGUCCUGAAGAAACUGUUCGUGAUGAUCAUGGAGUUAGAUUCGUCACGAAAGAUUGCUGAUCAGCAAGGGAUUACUAGUAGGGCUGAUGGCAUAAGGACCCCUAUGGUGGAAAUCAUUUUGGAUGAACUCAUUUACGACAAUGACAUCCUUUGUUCAUUUCUUCAGUCUUCUGUUCAAACGAGGAGAUCAAGUGAUAAGAUCAAUAUCGACAAUUUUGAUGGAAUUUUGAAGUGUUUGUCUAACAGCAACAGAACUAGAAGUAUAAUUAAAAAGAUGAGCUCGGAGGUCGUUCAGUUGCUUCUGGCCUAUGCUUUCCAGGCAUAUAUGGAAUUAUCAUAUCAUGCCUCUGAAGGCUUGUCUAAUACGGCGGAGCAUGACAAAAGCAAGUCGGUUGUGGAAGUUUGCAAAAACUUAGUAUCUGCUUUUACCUGUCUCAAACAAGAAGAUCCGUAAGAUUCACUUGUCUAUGCAAAGUGCUCUAUUCAUGUGAACUUCCUAUCAUUUUAUGUGCGAGUAAUGAAGAUAAUACCAUAGCUUAUGUAUUAAGAACAUCAUUAUGUUAUGCAUUAUAAAAUUUAAGGGAACAUUAGGAAUCUAGCAAACCUUGCUUGACCCACAAAUUGUUGACUGCAAAGUACAAAGAAUCAGUUUCACAGGUGUAGUAACUUGUGAUGAAUAGAAGUUAUUCGGUUUAUUGAGUUUUCAUCUCGAUCAUGUCGAUCUUACAGUUAUAUUUUGGGAUUCCCAUAUCUAUUCAUGGUGCAGGCACACAGAGAUUUUUAGCUUCGGGAAGAAAGCACUUAUUACAGCUGCAACUAUUCUCUCUACAAAAUCAUAGAAAUGUUAUUGUUAUUAAGAUCUUGUUCUAGUUGGCAUCCGGGCUUCUGAAAAGGUUUUUGUAGAUAACAUAUUUUAAGAAUUUAUAAUUUAUUUGUGUUGUAAAACUUUUAGAACAGGACUCAGACUCAACUUGAACAGUAAAAAACGUGUCCCACUUAUCACAUUUUAUUUUACAGUAUGCACGUAUGUCUCACGUGCUUUUCUUUUUUGUUCUUUUUUUCCUAAGCAUCUUUUCGUCCACGUGUCGGACUUUUAUUGAGUGAGUCAGUUAUGAGGAAAUGAGGGUGUGAACAUGUGCAGAGAGAUAUAUUCUAUGUCCCUUUCAAUUUUCGAGUAAUGAAGUUCAUAUUUUCCUUCA